CAUAUCUUGAAUCUGCGUGUGAGUGCUUGGACGUGCGCUUGCAUGCCUGCCUGCAGCUUUGCACUGUUCCAGCUUCACUCAUGCUACUGGCAGCAUUGUAUGCCCACAUGUCUGUCUGCCUGUGUCCAUGCACAUGAGAAGAGAGAAGUGAGGGGAGGAGAGAUGUUCACAUUUCUAGGAAGUGCCAGCAGUCAAUGCAAAGUGUGAGAAUAAACUCUGUCAUCUUUUGGACUGCUGCAAGUGGACAGACUGCCUCACAUAAUGCCAUCUUUUGAUGAGGUUUUGAAGGAAGCCGGGGGAUUUGGAAGAUUUCAAAAGAGGGUCUUUUUCCUCCUUUGCCAGACAGGAAUAACUUUUUCUUCCCUGUUCGCCAGUGUGGUUUUCCUUGGGCAGGCACCAGAUGACUACUGGUGCAGGAUCCCUGGGGCAGCUGAAUUAAGUGAACGAUGUGGUUGGACAUUGGAAGAGGAGCGAAACUUUACAGUCCUGCCCCUGCGCCUUGGGAACGGGUCCUCCAGCGGGGAGUGUGAGAGGCUGGACAUCUCGUGGGAUGCCCCUGUCAGCUGCACAAGCCCGCUCACCUGCUAUGGCAAUUGCAGCACAGGCAACCUGCAGCUCACUACUUGUCAGGAUAACUGGGUGUAUAAAAAGCCCCACUCAUCCAUCGUCAGUGAGUAUGACCUUGUGUGUGGCGAUGCCUGGAUGCUGGAUUUCUCACAGGCUAUCCUCAAUCUAGGGUUUCUGGUUGGUGCAUUCACCUUGGGCUAUGCUGCAGACAGAUAUGGCAGAAUACUCAUCUACCUGCUCUCCUGUCUUGGGGAUGGGAUAUGUGGUACCAUAGUUGCAUUUGCACCAAACUUUACUGUAUUUUUGAUCUUCCGUUUUCUCCAAGGCAUGUUUGGCAAGGGAACCUGGAUGACAGGCUAUGUGAUUGUGACUGAGAUCGUUGGCUCUGACCAGCGGAUUGUUGGGAUUGUGAUUCAGAUAUUCUUCACUCUGGGAAUCAUGAUUCUCCCAGGAAUUGCAUACUUGAUUCCCACCUGGCAGGGGAUCCAGCUGGCCAUUUCACUGCCCAACUUCCUCUUUCUGCUCUACUACUGGGUGGUUCCUGAAUCUCCACGUUGGCUCCUGACACGCAAAAAGGGAGAGAAGGCAUUAAAAAUCAUGCACAGCAUUGCAAAACACAAUGGGAAGUAUCUCUCACCACAUUACUCACAGAUCACUAUUAGCAACAAGGAGGUCAGCAACCCCUCCUUCCUUGACCUGGUGAGGACUCCCCAGAUGAGGAGGAACACGCUUAUCCUGAUGUACGCCUGGUUUGCAAGUGCCCUGAUCUACCAAGGGCUUGUCAUGCGCCUAGGAAUUGUCGGAGGAAACCUCUACCUAGAUUUCUUCAUCUCAGGAGCUGUGGAGCUGCCUGCUGCUCUCCUAAUUCUAGUGACAAUUGAUCGCAUUGGCCGGCGCCUUCCCUUCGCAAUAAGCAACAUCGUGGCAGGAAUUGCAUGCCUCAUUACUGCCUUCUUGCCAGAAGAUAUCCCAUGGCUCAAAAUGACUGUUGCCACACUGGGAAGACUGGGCAUCACGAUGGCUUUUGAAAUUGUCUAUCUUGUGAACACUGAAUUGUAUCCCACGACGCUCAGAAACUUUGGUGUUUCCCUCUGCUCGAGUUUGUGUGACCUAGGUGGGAUCAUAGCCCCAUUCCUGCUUUUCCGAUUAGCAGCCAUUUGGUUGGAGCUACCUCUAAUUAUUUUCAGUAUUCUUGCAGUUGUCUGUGGUAUCCUGGUAUUGCUUUUACCAGAGACAAAAGGAAUCUCUUUACCGGAGACAGUGGAGGAUGUGGAGCAGCUUUCAAGUCAUUUUGGUAAAUGUGGCAAGAAGCGGAAACGCCAGGACACCAACUCUUAUAUUUGACCUUUGAAGGACAGCGCUGAGCAAAGAACAAUGUUCCCAUAGUGGGAAUUUGUUCUCCACCUGCCACCAUUCAAAAUUUGCUGCAGAGUAUGGAUUAAGCUCCAUGUUCUUCUUCUAAGCAUAAGGAUGUUUAAAACAAGCAAUGUGUUUUUCUAUGAAUAUGGAAUAAAUUCAUU